UCUGCGCGACACUGGGUCCCACCCCUGUUGCCUAGGUGACGAGGGCUGCUUCCUCUAGAGACAACAUGGCAGGGUCGUCCACCGGAAUAAUCCCAGGGGGAAUGACCCCCGCCGUGACACCAGCAGGCAGCACCGCUAACUCUGAGGAGAAUGAAAAGAUCCUGUCUCCAGAUGUUCUCUCAACUGACCAGAUCAUUGACCUGCUGGAAGAAGAAGACGUGGACGUCGUUCAAGAAAAAAUGGGAGUAUUUCUGAAUUUUAAAAAUCUUCAGACUUGCCUAAGAGACGCCAUCCUCUUAGACUACUAUGUGUCUGGAUUCUUAUGGGCCAAACAGAUGAACUUUUCUAUCAACCAACAUUCAAAAUUUAUGACUUUGUUGGGCAUGUUACUUCAUAAUCUUCAAACACUGCAUAUGUCCUUAGAAGACAGCAUUAAGUGGGUCGGGGACGUGAUGGCAGAAAUUGGACCAAACCAUUCACCGAAGAAUGAGGAGCUGCACACCUUUGAUGUCAAAGACGCUAAUGCAAUCAUCGAUUACUUAAAAAUCAGCAUAUUCCAGCACUACAGGCUGUACGAGUUUAUGUUCUAUUCGACCAGGGAAGAAAUUGUCAUUGGAACCGAGGAUUCUCCCCCCAUCCACUGUGACAUCGUUGUACAAAGGUGGCACCAGGUCCGAGAUCACAUUGCAGUGUGA